AUGAGGUUGACAACUCUGCUCUUCGGUUCUCUAGCAGGCUUCGCCAUCGCUGCGAAACUGCCAGACUGCGCAGGCAGCUGCAUCAGUCAAGCAGUGAAGACCACCGGAUGCUCGUCGCGAGACAGUCAAUGUAUCUGUUCCCACGAUAGCUUCGAGAGCUCCGUCAAGCAAUGCACUGUGACCAACUGUGGUGAGGGCAAGGCCUCAGGUGCCGCAGCCUUCGUUGCAGACUUCUGCAAAAGUGUGAAUGAUCUCAAGAAGAGGCACGGAAGGUGGCAAGGCAACCAAAAGCAGUCCAAACACAGCAAGAACAACAGCCAAUACCAUCAACAACGCGACACUCAGUACAAGCAAAAGGAUUUCAAAGGCAAAGUGGUCACUCCGCCCAAGUAUGGAAAGCCUUCAGCUCCGGUCUACGCAUAUGUCGCCUCGAUGACGGUGUGGGACUCUGCGCCAUCAGCCACAAUCUACGCUCCAGGCCAGUCACCAGCAGCGAAACCGUCAAGCAACCCAUACAACAGCGGCUCUGGUCAGGGUGGUUGGGCCAAGGCAAAUGGGGACAGACCAGCAUACGCACCACCCGCUGCUCCAGCUGCGCCAUCGCCCACAAUCUACGCUCCAGGACACUACCCAGCAGCUGUGCCAUCUAGCAAUCCCUGGAACGUUGGCUCUGGUCAUGGUGGUUGGCCAAAAGCGAACCCUGGAGAGCAGCCAGCCCAUCCGCCGGCUGCUCCUUCAGCUGCACCAUCAUAUCGUCCUUCGUACGCUCCCUCGUACCGACCGUCAUAUGCUCCAUCUAUGGCAUCAGCUGCACCCUCGGCGGCACCUUCUGGCUAUUGGGCGAAGAGCACCUACGGGAAGGCAAAGGGAACCUAUGGCCGGGGUCGGCGAUGA